GGCGAUGAGAAGUUUCUUGUGACACACUAAUCCUGUCCUGCUGACUGGGCCACACCCCCAGCCGAGGCAACCUCCAGAGCUCCAGAACAUUCAGGUACCAGGUGGCCCCAAGGAGGAGCUGCCGACCUGGCAGGGAACACCCACGACUGAGAGACCAGCGUGUGGAACAGUUAGGACAGAGGAAGCAGGGACCUUUUUGUGCCAAGGACUCAGUGUCUUUCAGAGACAAUAUGACAGAGGUGGUGGGCACAUUCCGUAUGGUCUCUGAAGAGGAACAGGAGCUCCGGGCCCAGUUGGAGCAGCUCACAACCCAGGAUCACGGGCCCGUCUUUGGCCCAUGCAGCCAGCUGCCCCGCCACACCUUACAGAAGGCCAAGGAUGAGUUGAACGAGAGGGAGGAGACUCGGGAGGAGGCAGUGCGAGAACUGCAGGAGCUUGUGCAGGCACAGGCGGACACUGGGGAUGAGCUGGCUGUGGCCGUGGCGGAGAGGGUGCGAGACAGGGACAGCGCCUUCCUUCUGCGCUUCAUCCGGGCACGGAAGUUCAACGUGGGCCGCGCCUACGAGCUGCUCAAAGGCUACGUGAACUUCCGGCUGCAGUACCCUGAACUCUUCGACAGCCUAUCCCUGGAGGCUGUUCGCUGCACCAUUGAGGCUGGCUACCCUGGUGUCCUCUCUAGUCGGGACAAGUAUGGCCGAGUGGUCAUGCUUUUUAAAAUUGAGGACUGGCAAUGUGAAGAAAUCACCUUUGAUGAGAUCUUGCAGGCAUAUUGCUUCAUCCUGGAGAAACUACUGGAGAAUGAGGAAACUCAAAUUAAUGGCUUCUGUAUCAUUGAGAACUUUCAGGGCUUUACCAUGCAGCAGGCCUCCAGGCUUCGGACUUCGGAUCUCAGGAAGAUGGUGGACAUGCUUCAGGAUUCCUUCCCAGCACGGUUCAAGGCCAUCCAUUUCAUCCACCAGCCAUGGUACUUCACUACUACCUACAAUGUGGUCAAGCCCUUCUUGAAGAGCAAGCUGCUGGAGAGGGUCUUUGUUCAUGGAGAUGACCUCUCUGGCUUCUUCCAGGAGAUUGAUGAGAACAUUCUGCCAGCUGACUUUGGAGGCACGCUGCCCAAAUAUGAUGGCAAGGCUGUUGCUGAGCAGCUCUUUGGUCCCCGGAUCCAGGCUGAGAGCACAGCCUUGUGAGGACAUGACCUGCCAUUUAAACUGUAGUUAGCAUCCCUGGACCCUUCCUCAGUCACCCUGGGCCUCUCCUUAGCUACCCUGCACCAAGGCUGGGAAAGGGCUGCCUGAGGUGAUUCCCUAGACUUAGGUGAGCUCUGGCAUCACCUUGUCCCAAGUUAUGGGAAGGGCAAUAAAGCAGGGGGAAUUCCCUUGUCCAGAAGAAUUGGGGCAGUUAUAUUCCCAUGUGCCUCUAAAGCUCUGGGACAGUAACUUUUAUGUGAGGUUGAAUUUCAAAGAUUCAAAGUAGGCUUAUCAAUAAUUUCUUUUUGUAACAAAGUUUUGCUAGGAUCUGUGAAAACAGGUAAAGAGACUGGGUUAGAAUUCUCCCUCCCCCAGACAAUUAAGAGGGAGGAUUUAAGUUCAAAUGAAACACAGUGACCUUGGUAGCUGGUUGGCAGGCAAGGGGUUUUCCACAGAGAAAUCCAGGAAACAACCUUAGAGCAGCUUCAUUCUGGGGUGACCUGCUCCCCGUGGUCAAGUGCAGUCUGAUGUGUGCAGUGAUGGUUAGGAGCUUGGACCUCUUCCCAGGGUGGCAGUCAUGUCCUCAUCUGUCCUCCUUUCCAUAAAAAACUGUCUCCUCUAGAUUCCUUCCCUUGAUGAAUGGUUUUACUUAAAUUUACAGAUGAUAUCUUCUCUGAGCACACUCUCAAUCCUCAAGUUACCCAGUAAAACUCUUCUUUGUCUUUAGUUUCAGGCAUUUUGAAGUGAUGAACUUACACUUUCCAAAUCUGCAUGUUCUGACAAAUACAGAU